AUGGCAGCCUUGACUGCAACGGCGUCGCAGGUCAAGCUUCGCCAUCGAGCGAGGGUUAAAACCUUACCAUCGAGGCGAGUGUGGGGACGAUCGAACCAGGCAGGCGGGGUUAUCCGAUGCUCGGCGGGAUUCAUCGAAUCUUACGAGCUGGCGCUCGAGGCUUCCCCACUCCUGGUCAAGUCGACGACGUCACUCGUGGGAUUCUUAGUCGCCGAUCUUGUGGCGCAGGGGCUAUCCUCGAGUCGACGCGAGGACGGGGAUGGACGGGGCAUCGACUUGACCAGGAGUGGACGGAACGCCCUCUUUGGCUUCGCUCUGUACGGGCCGUGCAGUUCCUGGUGGUACGGAUUGCUUGAUCAGUACGUCCUGCCCGAGGACCCGACAAGUGCCCUAGCGGUGGCCGCGAAAGUAGCGGCGGAUCAGGUGGCGUGGGCGCCGGUGCUGGUGACCACGCUGUUCGCGUGGGACCUAGCGUGGAACGGGGACAACGUGGUGGGUGGCGGGUUGCAGAAGAAGCUUGGCGCAGACCUGCUCGACACUUUGAAAGUUAACUGGUCGUUCUGGCCGGUGUUCCACGUCCUGAACUUCAGAUUCGUCCCGCCGGGGGACAGGAUCCUCUACAUCAACGCCGUGCAGGUGCUGUACAACGUCUUCCUGUGCUACAAGGCGUCGGAGAGGAGCGACGAGGACGAAAAAGCCGCAUCAGGCUGA